AUUGGUAGUCAGGGGACCAGGCCGACAAAAUGGCGAAGUUCGUGUGGUUGAUGCUUGGGUUGGUGGUAGCCACACACGCGUUGAGUGUGAAAAAGGCGAAGGCUGUAAAAGGCGAUGAAGACCAAGAACUCGAAUGGCCUUCUCAGUACACACUGAAGGCGAAAAGGAUGUCGCUGACAGACAAUGUCAUUGAAGACUAUUCUAUCUGGAGAACCUCCAAGCAAUCAAGGAUCGACUACAACAACGGCUACGUUAAGUCUUUUGUGAAAGCCAAGUCCAAGGACUUCAAAUACGGAGUCAAAUUUGAGAUUCACCCAGAAGCAACAUUGGACCAAGAUGUAGACAAUGUCUGUAUUGCCAUGGGAGGAAGCAGGUACCGCCGUAUUUCGCCUGAAACUAUCCUACCUGAAGUCGAUGGGUUUGAACCUGAAGUUGAUGAAGUUAUGAAUGACAAAGAAUGCACCAAGUUCGUGUUCGACCACAAAGAUGAGAGCACCGACACUAGGAGCACAUUGUGGGCUACCUAUGAUCAAGCUGAUGAAGCUUGGGUCCCUGUAAGAUACGAGGUUCUGGAAUUCAACUCCUGGUUGGGAUCUAAGGACAAACACGAAAUCUGGGACUUCUACGACUACAGCAAGGACUUCUCUUUCCGCAGUGUCUUUGACACUGAAGACUUUGGUUGCACUAGCCCUGAAGAACACACGAUCGACAGUGAAGCUGUCACCAAGAGACUUUUGUUCCUCGACUCUGAAAAUGACGAACAUGUUGACCAUGCUUUCAAGUCAUUCAUCGGAACUUAUGACAGGAAGUAUGACGCCGAUGAACAUGCUAUGAGGAAGAAUAUCUUCAAGAAGAGUAUGAGACAAGUCAUCCAACACAACCGUCAGAACAAAGGUUACAAACUGGCUAUCAACCAAUUCGCUGAUAAGACUCCCGAAGAAAUGACCAGGUACAUGGGUCUGCUGAAGCGUCCUGAAGGCAAAUCUGGAAACGUACCUUUCCCGUACACUGAAGAAAAACUGAACGAACUCUCUGAAGACGUCCCCAAAGAAUACGACACGAGGCUUCUCGGUCUUGUUUCACACGUUAAAAACCAAGAAGACUGUGGUUCCUGCUGGACUUUCGGAACGACAGCUGCUGUUGAAGGUGCUUUGGCACGAAUCAACGGUGGCAAGCUCAUGGCACUCGCCAACCAGGCUCUUGUAGAUUGUGUUUGGGCUUUCGGUGCCGCGGGCUGUGAUGGCGGUACUGACAACGCGGCCUACGAGUGGAUGAUGGAGUACGGUCUGCCGACUGAAGCAGAAUAUGGUCCAUACACUAACAAGGAUGGAGAGUGCAAUAUUAAAAAUAUGACAACCACAUACCCGAUUCGAGGAUACGUCGAUGUUACACCUUUGAGCGUUGGAGCUUUGAAGGUCGCUCUAGUCAACCACGGUCCUCUGUCCGUGUCAGUACACGUAACCGAGACAUUCUCCAAGUACUCUUCUGGAAUAUUCUACGAUACUGAAUGCAACCAGCUCCAUCUGAACCACGAGGUGACCUUGGUCGGUUACGGAGAACGUGAUGGGGACACCUUCUGGAUCCUGAAGAACUCAUGGGGCCCUCAAUGGGGUAUUGGAGGCUACAUGUACAUUUCUUCUAGGGACAACAUCUGUGGUGUUGCCACUGAACCUACCUACGUUGUCUUCUAAAACAUUCGAUUUUACUGACUGUAUAGAAUCUCUCACUGACUUGACUGUUCUGGCGAAAAAACGGAUUUGAUAUGUAAAUGUUGUAAUAAUAAUUAUUAAGCAAAUAGUUUUCAAUAAGCACGUGGAAUUUUUAUUUAGUUUAGUAAGCAAUAAAUUGAUUGAAUGAU